AUGAUCGACUACCAGGCGAUCAAGGACAAGCUGGAGCAGGGGAAAGGAAAAGGGGCGAAGAGCGCAGAGCAAGGGUACUUCGCCGACGUUGAGGGCCGCAGGGAGCGGUACUCAAGUUGGAGUCAGGGGCAAGGUCGUGGUCAUGGCGGCGGCCGUGGCCGCAGCAGCAGUCGUGGCCGCGGCGGAGGCGGUCGCGGCGGCGGCGGUCGCGGCGGCCGCUCAGGCGGAUCCGGAGGAGUCGAGGAGAGCAAGGGAAGCAGCAGUGGAGGCGCCGAUGGCGGCGGUGGCGGGGACUAUAAGUUCCCGGGCCGGUGCUGUAGGUGUGGACAUCGUGGACAUCAAGCGAUCGGCUGCAUUACCAACGAGAAGGACUUCGUGCCGUGGUGUGCGCGCUGCGAGGGGUGGGGCCACACCAAAGAAAAGUGUGCGACGGAGGAGGCCGUCCUAGCGCAAGUGGUGGAGCAUGAGAACGACGUGGACUCCGUGGAAGACCAGGCGAUUUGUGCGGUGGCAGUCCCCUCAGGCGAGUGUGGUACCGUUGGUGAAGUAGGUCUAGUGGGGGUUGUGGAACAAAGCCAGGCGGUGUACGUGGCCGACACAGCGGCCACGUGCUCCAUGUUCCGAUGUGCAGACAACUUCAUGAACUACCGUGAGCGUAGCGGUUGGAUGAAAAGGAUCGGAGGCGACAAGGCCCCCGUUCCUCUUCUAGGAUACGGAGGUGUGACCUUAGUCCUACAGACGGAAGAUGGUGGAGUACCCGUACCAGUACUGAAUGCUGCCCAUGUACCAGAGGCCCCCUACAACCUCCUCUCGCUGUCUUCGUUGGCGGAGGAGGGCCACACGUAUUCGGGGAUGAAGGGGGGCCUCACGCUGACCACGAAAGCCGGGGGGGAGGUGUGGUUCCCCCGGACUGGAAAGCUGCUGACCCAACGAGGCUAUCAAAUAAAGCCAACGCUACACACCGCCUGUGCCGCACUCAUUGUUCCUGGCGAUGCGAAAGCAGCCAACCCCACUGACCUCAACGGGUACCACCCAGCGCACGGCCAUGCCAACGAGACAUUGCUCAGGAUCACGGCGGAGCAGCAGGGAGUGCAGCUGACGGAUGGACCGCUGCUACCCUGUCUUGGCUGUUCGAUGUCCAAGGGACAGGUGAAACCCGUCCAGAAGAGCACGAGCACACGCGCAGUUAAGAAGUUAUUUCGCGUGUAUCUCGACUUGGGGGGAAAGAUGAAAACCAGGAGCAUUGGCGGCAACUGGUACACACUGAUCAUCAGAGACGAUUGCUCCCGUUGGACGUGUGUUUUCUUCUUCAAUCACUCUGACGCAGCGGUUGGGUUUGAGAAGUCCCUGGCGGACUACCGAACGAAAGGGGUUCCGUGUAAGGUUUAUAUCGCACGUACCGACGGUGGCGGCGAGUUCCAGGGGCAGUUUGCGGAAGUUUGCCGCAGACACGGCAUCAAACAAGAGUUUACCCCCCCUCACACCCCCAAGUACAACGGUGUAGCGGAGAGAGCGCUAGGGUUGAUCACUGAUGCCGCGCUUGCGUCACGCAUCCAAGCGACGCAACUGUUCCCCGACGCACCGAACCACCCCGGGUUGUGGGCCGAGGCCAUUUCGUGUGCAUGCCAUCAGCUGAACUGCACCGCCACUAAAUCAAACGAGGGAGACAAAUCCGCCUACGAGAUGUUCCACGACUCCCCACCGCCUGUCGGGUCUACAUACCCGUUUCUCAAACCAGCCGUGUUCAAGUCGAGAAGAAAAGCAAAGUCGCAACCCAAGGGCGAAAAAGAAUGGUACCUACCUUGGUCCUGCCCACAAUCACCCCCGUGA